GCAGAAACAGGAGGAGGAGGAGGAGGAGAGGGAUGUCUGAUGCUAAUAAGCCUGAGCCAAGGCCAGCAUGAGACAGCGAAUUCACAGGCAGGAUCAUGCAGUACUCAGUGUGAGCAUCCAUCCUGCUGUAACACAGAGACUAAAGCACAUCUCUUGCCUCUGUCUGCAUCCCCACCCCACCCAUUCCAGCCCCUGGAGCACCCUAUAUAAGAGGAGGAAGAUUUUGUGAUGCCCCCAAAAAAGAGAGUCACCAAAGAGAAAAAAGAUCUGAAGAAGCCAGAAAGUGCGGCCCCAGCAGUAAAUAGCAGCAGCCAGGACAAAGCAGCCAAGUCUCAGGAGAAGCCAGGUCGGGCUGUGCCAUCAUCAAGGGUGCAUGCUCGGCGCCUUAAAGAGCAAGUAACAGAACCACUACGUGUUUCACAGCCCAGUGUUGCUGCCGCUGUCGCUGCUACUGAGAGUAUAGUGCCUGAUAGAGCCCAGGAACCAAUAAUGUCUGACAAAAGUGAUUUGAAAGCUGAACUUGAGCGUAAGAAGCAGCGAUUGGCACAAAUCAGAGAGGAAAAGAAACGGAAGGAGGAGGAAAGGAAAAAGAAAGAGGCGGAACAGCAGCACAAAGCGGAACCUAUUGCAGAAGAUAGUGAUCUGGACCGGAAAAGAAGAGAGACUGAGGCAUUACUGCAGAGUAUUGGCAUAUCACCAGAACCACCUCUAGUCCCAACCCCUAUGUCUCCCUCUUCGAAAUCACUGAGCACCCCCAGCGAGGCGGGCAGUCAGGACUCGGUAGAGGGCACCCUAAUGGGACGGACUCUGCAAUGGGACACCGACCCUUCAGUAUUGCAGCUUCACUCUGACUCAGAACUUGGAAGACGACUUAUUAAGCUUGGCGUAUCUAAGGUCACUCAAGUCGAUUUCUUGCCUCGGGAAGUAGUGUCUUACUCGAAGGAAACGCAAACUCCAGUGACAACCCACCAGACUGAAGAGGAAGAGGAGGAUGAGGAAAUGGUAGAUCUUAAAACAGAACAUGAUUCUGAAUUUGAAAAUCAAGAGGAGAAGCAAGACUCCAGAGAAGUUCCUCCAAGGGAACUGACAGAGGAGGAAAAACAACAGGUCACCCAUUCAGAAGAAUUCCUGAUCUUUUUUGACCGCACCAUUCGUGUGAUUGAACGGGCACUGGCAGAGGACUCGAAUAUAUUCUUUGAUUACAGUGGAAGAGACCUGGAGGAUAAAGAGGGGGACAUUCAGGCUGGAGCCAAUCUUUCAUUUAAUCGGCAAUUUUAUGACGAGCAUUGGUCAAAGCAUCGUGUGGUUACUUGCCUUGAUUGGUCCCUUCAGUACCCAGAGCUGAUGGUUGCUUCCUACAAUAAUAAUGAAGAUGCCCCUCAUGAACCUGAUGGAGUUGCAUUAGUCUGGAACAUGAAAUUCAGAAAGACUACUCCAGAGUAUAUAUUCCAUUGUCAGUCCUCUGUGAUGUCAGUGUGCUUUGCUCGAUUUCAUCCGAACCUCGUUAUUGGUGGAACCUACUCAGGGCAGAUUGUUCUUUGGGAUAAUAGGAGCCACAGGAGAACCCCAGUUCAAAGGACACCACUGUCUGCCGCAGCUCACACUCACCCCAUCUACUGUGUUAAUGUAGUUGGAACACAAAAUGCCCACAACCUUAUUACUGUUUCAACUGAUGGGAAAUUGUGCUCCUGGAGUCUGGAUAUGCUCUCAGCUCCGCAGGAAAGCAUGGAGCUUGUCUACAAUAAGUCCAAACCUGUAGCUGUGACUGGGAUGGCUUUUCCAACUGGGGAUGUGAACAAUUUUGUUGUUGGAAGUGAGGAGGGCACAGUUUAUACAGCCUGCAGACACGGAAGCAAAGCCGGCAUCAGUGAAGUCUUUGAAGGUCAUCAGGGGCCUGUGACUGGAAUCAAUUGCCACAAUGCAGUGGGACCUAUAGACUUUUCCCAUCUUUUCCUUACAUCAUCAUUUGACUGGACAGUUAAACUCUGGACAACAAAGCACAACAAGCCGCUCUACUCCUUUGAAGACAAUGCCGACUAUGUGUGUGACGUCACCUGGUCACCCGUGCAUCCCGCUCUGUUCGCCUGUGUGGAUGGGAUGGGGCGCUUGGAUCUCUGGAACCUCAAUAAUGACACGGAGGUUCCAACGGCAAGUACGGCUGUAGAAGGAGCCUCUGCACUGAAUCGUGUUCGCUGGGCUCAGAGUGGCAAAGAGGUGGCAGUGGGGGAUUCAGAAGGUCGUGUCUGGAUCUACGAUGUGGGAGAGUUUUCUAUUCCACAUAAUGAUGAGUGGAGCCGCUUUGCCCGCACAUUAAUGGAGAUUCGGGCCAACCGAGGAGAAGGAGAAGAAGAGGCUGUGGAACUGUCGACCUGAGGGUGGAAGACUCAGCGCACCAUUUACUGAUGUUCAGUGUCCUCUUUAUUGCUGUGGCUUAGUUAAUGUCCUGCUUACAUCGCAGAUUUCUGUUCAUGCAGUGGUCUUUCUGUGUCCCACUUAAUUGCUAAUCUAGGGAAAGGAGUGCAGACUGGGUAUUAUCCUCCAUUGGUCCAGAGUUGUACCAAAAAUUGGCCGCUAACAAACAAAGCUAUUUUGCACAAGAAUUCUCUAUGAAAAAAGAAGUAGCGUGAGAUGCACUGACCAAAAUAUUUUGUUUUUCACAAAUGAACCCUACGCUAGGUCUCUGAACUCCUGCAUAGAAUAUGCCAUGUAUUGGAGAUAUAGAGAUUUAGAACCCAUACCCAUAUCCAUCUUCUGUGGCACAAACAUUAAGGCCACAAAAAAGGGAAAAUGUUUUUAUUUGGCAUUAUAAAUAUAAUAUGGCAGCAUCAUGGGCCUAACGCAAAUGGCUCUGAACAAUAACACGUUUGGAUGCUGACUAUAAAUUCCCCUGUCACCUUGUAACGAUAGUCCAAAAAAGGUGUCAAGAGCUCUAGGUAGAGAGAUGGAAGAGGGUUUAUAUAAGAGGCUAAAGAUGAGGCUAAGUUUUUUGGUUCUAAAUUGUUUUCAUUGUAAGGAAAUAGAAACUGAAGGUAAAAAGUAGAUACACAGACAUCCAUUGGACUGGUAGGUUGUCCUUCUGUAAAAGCACUACACUGUUGUGAUAAAGUUGAAUACAUUUUAGAAAGCAAAAAGGAGAUUAGAAAUUUCUAUAGAAGAUAUGACAGUGCCUAUAAAGUAAUUUCUAUGUAAUGCACGGCCUAUGAACUAUACAUGGAAAUGGAACUCUGUGCCAUGGCAUUCAAGUGGUUAUUAUGCGAUGGUUCUGUUCUGUAAGUGCAUACUGAGAAUAUGUCUGAGGUACGGAACACAGUGUUCCACAUGGAUAAAUACAAAUGCAUAUAAUUAGAAUGUUCUCUAGUAAUCUAUGCCCUUAUACUGAAAGGUGAAGUGCCUUUAAACAGAAAGAGACUAGGAUAAAUAGGUUUGUUCCAUUGUGCAAAACUGCUCUCUCUUAUACAUUUCAUUCUAGUUUCCUAAAGGCGGCAAUUCAUGCCCAGAUUUGGUCAGACAAUAUGGCCAAUUACAACCAUACUGCCUGACUGCGAGGGCACUCUAUAGCAACACGUCAGCCAAGGACCACGUCAACAUAAUAAUGUGGUCCUUGUCUGAAGAUAAUUUAAAACCAGCUGAUAGGUAUUUUGCCAACUUUUGCCUAUUUAUCAAGUUGGGCAGGUUGAUAAGCACAGUGUGGUCUUUAGGGGCUGACUUGGCAGAUUUUAUUGGCCCGUGUAUGGCCAGUUUAAGGCAAGUUGCUCUUCAUGAGAUAACUGAUGUACUACACUUUGGACAUGCUUUGCUUUAUGGUACUGUACUUGGAGUUUUGGAUCUUGGAUCCUAUUGCACUGGUCCUAUGACAGUUCUUUGGAUUAUAUGUAGUGCCUCAAAAUAGCAGCUUUCUAGAAAUUUCAAUACUUUACUAUAAGUAUAGUUUUUAUUUAUUAUACAGAUUGCUUUAUAAUUGCUUAUGACAUUCCCAUGUGAUGUUCAGCUUGUAUUUACUGCUAACUAACCCAGUAAAAGUUCAUACUGA